AUGGUGAAAGCUGUCGCAGUUCUCAGAGGUGAUUCUACUGUCAAAGGUGUCGUGUCCUUCGAGCAAGCAUCUGCUCAAGACCUUAUUUCCAUUUCUUGGGAAAUUGAAGGUAAUGACCCAAACGCAAAGAGAGGUUUCCACAUUCACCAUUUUGGUGAUAACACCAAUGGUUGUACUUCUGCCGGUCCUCACUUCAACCCAUUUGGCAAGAACCACGGUGCUCCAGAAGAUGAGGACAGACACGUUGGCGACUUGGGUAACAUUGAAACAGACGGUAGCGGUGUGGCAAGAGGUUCCAAGACAGACCGUUUAGUUACCCUCUUUGGUGAACACUCUGUUCUCGGCAGAACCGUUGUGGUCCACUCGGGUGAAGACGAUCUCGGUAAAGGUGGCCAUCCUGACUCCUUGAAGACCGGUAACGCCGGCGGCAGACCAGCAUGUGGUGUUAUUGGAUUUGCAGCUUAA